UAAAGACAGACGUCUGUAAGCCGGUUGGCGCAGAAAUACCGAGGCUGCAUUUCAAAUGUAAUAACUCGUUCAUUCAGACAUUCAUUUAACCCUUUAACUCGUUUUAAACUGGAUACAGCCAUCCUGCACUGAGAUGCAAAUCAGUAGCCUACUUCAAGUUAUUUUCGCCUUAUCGUCGCCUAUUUUAUCCAAAGGACGAGAUGUGAUCGGAUCAGGUCCCUCCUGUCUCAGUUCCAGUCCUGCAGAUGACGGACAGACACGCGUCACCUUCCUGCGGCAAGACGCAGCCGGUGUGCGCACCCUGUACCUCACACUGUGGUCCGAGGAUACGCGACCGGUAGGAUGCAAGGUAGAAACCAAUCCACGUGUCACGGAGAGAUACCGCACUCACUGCGAAAGUAGCGGCACCCAGGGUCAAGAAAUCACCCAGAGGUUAAAUAUCAGCAUGCUGUUUGCUCCGGAGUCUCCCUGCGCGCGCUCCUCCAGUGCGCAAGAGUUUACCAGGCGCAGGAGAAGUGACGGGACAGAGGGGAAAACUCGGAUGAAACGCUCCUGGCUUUUCCCAGGGACGCUGUGGUGUGGCCAUGGAAGCAGAGCGCGCAGUUACGAACAGUUAGGGAUGUUUAAGACUACAGAUAGAUGCUGCCGUGAGCAUGACCACUGCCUGCAUAUUAUCCUGGGUCGUACGACGAAAUAUGGACUCUUAAACAACAACUUCUACACCGUCUCCCACUGUGACUGUGACCAAAGGUUUCGAGAGUGCCUGCUCAAUGCGAAUGACACUGCUGCCAGCAUAGUGGGUUACAGCUUCUUCAACAUCCUGCAGGUUCCCUGCUUUGAUCUCAAGCAAGAGAAGCGAUGCGCUGAGAUGCACUGGUGGGGAGGGUGCAAAGUAGUCAAAAAGGAUCUCUAUGCUGUCCUCAGAAAUCCCCAUCCAUACAAUAGCUCAAGCAAAUAUAGGGACAACACUGACAACAGUGUGCUAACAAGUAGUGAGGGACAGCAUGGAAACAAAAGCUCUGUGUUUAACCCUCACAGAAAGUCACCCAAGAGUGAACGUAGAUGCCGCUCCAGAGACCCACCCAAAGGAGACACUUUCCCCCUCAGAAGGAGAAAGGGGAAAGGAUGCAAAAGGAAACUGUAUUCAGCUGCGCCCUCCGAAAUCCCCCCAACGUCAAGGGCACACACUACCACUCCUUCAAUGAAAACAGGUCUUUUUAAUGUUACAAAAAGUAGCACAUUGAUGCCAAAUAAAAAACGAGGUGGAAGCACCAGAAAAGGCCUGUCCGCUUACUCCACACAGAGAAGCCAAGUCUCACCACAGGUGACCACAUACUCAUAUUCACAGACAACAUCUACAACACAAAGCACCCCAUCUUCAACAGAGAAGCCAAAGCUUCAGCUACACUCGACAACAACCUCUACAACAACAACAACCACAGCAACAAUCACCAAAACCACCAGAAGUCACAAAAACGUUUCCAAACUGAGUCACUGUUGUGGACCCAAGAUGCCUGUGAGAGGUGACUCUUUUCAGCCUCAUUGUAAAAACUGUCUAGGACGAAACACAACAUCUAACAUGACAACUUCUACACCCUCAACAACUACAUAUAGAUUACCAGUCAAAGUGGCAACAGCUAACAGGCUCAAGAAGACAACAGAAACUACCAAACAAGACACUUUGACAAGACUCUGGAGUACAACUACUUCUGCAACGCCAGUCACAACAAAACUGAAGACAACAGCCUCCACUCAUAAGGAUGGCAAGUCCCUUCCACUACAGAAUAAUACAAGCCAGGAGCCCCUGCGUAGUACCAUAGCUCAAAGCACGCAUGCAGGGAGAAGCCUGAAGGAAAACACUACAUUACAUAAUAUUACAGACAGUCACCUCCUGUGUGUAAGUCUCAAACAUCUGGAUGAAUGUAGAUACAAAAUCCGUCCCUCGGAGAGGAAGUAUCGUCUGAAGAACACGGAGUCAAAGACAGCCUACCACUGUAACUGCACCAGCCGCUUGGCUGUUCAGAUUGAAAGCAUCAAGAAAGCCAGUAUUCUCCCCAUGCUACUGAUGGAUUUUGUCUCCCAAUACUGCUUCAGACUGCCAGAGGGAAAAAAAUGCCACCGCAGAAAAAGCUGUUCUGGAGGCUUCACUAAAGCCUCUGACCUACUUCAAGCACUUAAGAUGAUAGAGGAAAAAGACACUGCUGGGGUGCGAAAUUCAGGCAAUUUCAGAAGAAGAGGGAUUCCUGUUCGUCUUUAUAAGCGAUGCCUACGGCUGGAAAAAGAAGCUGCGAUUAUAGCACAGCUCACACGAUUUUAGACUAAGCCUGUAUGUGCAGCAACAAUGAAUUUUAUAAGCUUCACAUCUCAUGCCGCGUUUCCUAUUUCUCUCUGAUGUUGUAAAAUGGCAGUGUGUUUGAAAACAUGCAAUGACUCAAAUCCUCAAAUAUAUUAUAAAUAUAUUUAUAAAACAAACUGGCAUGUCAAACUGAAAGCCAUUCAACUGUAUAGGCCUAUUGAAAAUGGAAAUACAAUUAUUUAUCUUUUGUUUCAGUUUAAUUAUUUGAAGUCAUAUGUCAACAUCAGUUUCACAAAUGAUCAUAGGAUGGCAUCUUAUCACCUGCAUUAAAUGACUACAUCUACUCCACACUGCUUUCCAAAACAACCCACAGCCUGCCCGUAAUCAUAAUCCUAAAUGACCUAAGUCCAGUAACAAAUUCUUGUUUAACUUUAAAACCAGAGGGGAUAUUAUUCAUCAAUGGAAAAGGCUGCAAUUUAGUGUGGUGUAAGCGAUACCUACCUCUCUUUUUUGCCUUUAUUGACAAGACAGUUUUUGAGCAUGAAAUUAAAAGAGAUGGAAGUCAACAUGCAGCAAAAGGCCACAGGCUGGAAUCAAACCCACAGCUGCUGCAGCAAGGACACUGCCUUUAUGCAUGGGGCAACUGUCAUAUCUACUGAGCUACUGGGCACCUCCCUAUACCUCAUUUUUAAUAUACAGAGGUAUAUGUUUUACUUCAUUUAUAAAACACACCAAAUCCAAAUUCAUUUCAUAGACUCCAGCUCUUACAAUGUGUUGCAUCAGGAUUCUUUUAGACAUGUAUUUUUAUUUACAAGGUAUGAGACAUGGAAAAUGGCCAUGUCAGUUGUUUGAAAUAAAUUCAAAGAUCCAUUCUUGUUCAACUGGAGAAUCGUCACAGGUUUCCAGAUUUUGGGGUCUCACUUGUAUGUUAUUUAUAUUUGUCAUGUUCUCUUUAAAAGUUUUAUAAUCUGAUGUUAAAAAUGUUCUUCGUCUCUUGUUUUGUUCUUACCUCAUUGCAGGACUUAAAAGGAUGAUAACAGCCAAGUAGAUUAGAUAUAGAACACAGCUGUCAUAUGUUGCCAAGUAAAAUCAUUUAGAAACUUUGGAUGUUCAAACAUAGAAGAACUCCUACCUCACUCCAAUGACAUGUUUAGGUAAAAUAGGACAGCUGGUAAAUUAAAAUGGGACAGUCAUGUUUGUUUGUUUUUUAAUGGUUAAAUCCAUUUAGCAGUGCAGUCAUUAAUUUAUAAAAUCUUUAAUGUAAUCUGUGGCUAUUCUUUAAAAAGACUGUCCAACUUU